AAAAGUUGUUUUGUGUGUUUUGUGCUUUUACUUACUUUAUUUCUUCUUUCUUCCCUCCUUUCCUCCCUGUUAUUCGCCUGUGAAAUCAUCUCCUCAGGGAUGCGCUGUUGUUGAAUUCAAGAUGGAAGAAAGCAUGAAAAAGGCUGCAGAGGUUUUGAACAAGCAUAGUCUUGGUGGAAGACCAUUGAAAGUGAAAGAAGAUCCUGAUGGUGAGCAUGCCAGGAGAGCUAUGCAGAAGGUCAUGGCAGCAGCUGGUGGAAUGGGUAUUGGCCCAGGCCCGGGUGGCCCUGGCAUGAUCAAUAUCCCGCCCAGUAUACUCAACAAUCCCAACAUACCCAACGAGAUCAUUCAUGCCUUACAGGCAGGGAGACUUGGAAGCACUGUCUUUGUUGCAAAUUUGGAUUACAAGGUUGGUUGGAAGAAACUGAAAGAAGUGUUCAGCAUGGCUGGUGUUGUGGUUCGGGCAGACAUCCUAGAAGAUAAAGAUGGCAAAAGUCGUGGGAUCGGCACUGUCACUUUUGAGCAAGCCAUAGAGGCUGUUCAGGCUAUAUCAAUGUUUAAUGGGCAGCUGCUGUUUGACAGACCAAUGCAUGUAAAAAUGGAUGAACGAGCCUUUCCCAAAGGAGACUUCUUUCCUCCAGAGCGACCCCAACAACUUCCUCAUGGUCUUGGUGGUAUUGGCAUGGGAUUAGGACCUGGAGGUCAACCUAUUGAUGCAAAUCAUUUAAACAAAGGCAUGGGAAUGGGCAACAUGGGACCUGGAGGAAUGGGAAUGGAAGGCAUGGGCUUUGGAAUGAAUAAAAUGGGAGGAAUGGAAGGUCCUUUUGGUGGCAUGGAAAACAUUGGUCGCUUCCCAGCUGGAAUGAACAUGGGCAGAAUGAGUGAGAUGGAUCGUGCCAUGGGUGGAGGAUUUGAAAGAGAAUUUGGAAGAAAUGAAAUGGGAAUGUCUCGUAGUUUUGGAGAGACCUUGGAGAGAGGAAUAGGUGGUGGAAAUGCCAGCAUUCCUGGGAUUGAGAGGAUGGCACCUGGCAUUGAUCGUAUGGGCUCGGGAAUAGAAAGAAUACCUUCCGGGAUGGGGCAUGGGAUGGAGAGAGUAGGGUCAGAAAUAGACAGGAUGGGUCUUGUUUUAGAUCGCAUGAGCUCCAACGUGGAGCGAAUGGGUUCAGGAAUUGACCGAAUGGCCCCUCUGGGCAUAGAUCACAUCGCUCCUAACAUUGAGAGGAUGGGCCCAGCUAUUGAGAGAAUGGGUUCUGGCAUUGAGAGAAUGGGUUCUGGAAUAGGCUUUGGUAUCGAGAGAAUGGGUGCUGCCAUCGACCGUGUUGGCACCACUAUGGACAGAAUGGGAUCAGGCGUAGAACGUAUGGGUUCUGGCAUGGAUAGGAUGGGUAUAGGUAUGGAGCGCAUGGUCCCUGCUGGAAUGGGAACUGGAAUGGGUCAGGUGAUAGAGAGAAUGCCAGCUGGUUUGGAUCGCAUAGGUGCCACUCCUAUGGAAAGAAUAGGAAUAGACCGUAUGGGUGCUGCUAGCAUGGAGAGAAUGGGCUUGGAGCGCAUUGGAGCCACUAACAUGGAAAGAAUGGGUCCUGCAAUGGGACAGGGCAUGGGAGCAGGCAUAGAUCGAAUGGGACUUGCAAUGGGAAGCAAUUUUGAAAGAACAAUGGACAUGGAACGUGGAAACUUUGCAGGCAAUUUUGCAGGCUCCCUUGGAGGAACUGGAGGACCUGCAGCUGGGGUGGCCAGAAAAGCCUGUCAGAUAUUUGUGAGAAAUCUGCCUUUUGAUUUUACAUGGAAAAUGCUGAAAGAUAAAUUUAAUGAAUGUGGUCAUGUGCUGUAUGCUGAUAUCAAGAUGGAGAAUGGGAAGUCUAAAGGAUGUGGUGUGGUUAGAUUUGAGUCCCCAGAAGUAGCUGAGCGAGCCUGCCGUAUGAUGAAUGGGAUACAGCUUCGUGGGAGGGAGAUUGAUGUGCGAAUUGAUAGAAAUGCUUAAGUAGUUGCCUUUUUAACACUGAUACCAGAUUUUUGAAUUUGUAUUUUUUCUUGUUAACCAUUUUAAUUUGACUGGAUGUAAAGGUGUUAAAACAAUUCAGUUGCUUUCUGGAGUAAUUUUAAUUACUUUUUUAACAAAUGGAUUUCCAUUUUACUGUUUUUUGCAUUGAACCUGCAAUGUGCACAAUCUUUUUUUGUAGUUGUGGCAUCUUGUUGACAUUACAGAUGUAAACAGUAUGACUUUGAUAAUAAAUGCAAGUUAAAGAUUUCA